GGUUAAUUUUUGGUGCUUCUUGGCAACAGUUAUGGGGAAGAAACCGGUAAAUAUGGCUCUGAGUACGAGAAUCUGGCAACGGUGGAAGUGACGGUCUGGCAACACUGGGAGGAAGAGGAACAGUCCGCAGAUGAAGAUGGCGCCAGACGCACGGCAGGCUUAAGAUGGUUUCACUGGAAAAGGAAACCACCCAAACCUUGUAAUUACAAUUGAAAGAUUGUAAUUAACACAGUGCUUUGGGCCGGUUGGCUGCCAUAGACUUAAUGUAGGUUUAAGCUCACGUCGAAGUACUUUAAGGAAAAAAUUAUCCCAAGCUAAAAAACAAAAACAAAAAACAAAAAAAAAACAGACUUGCUGUGAGCCUGAGAGGCAAGCAGCACCACACCAAUGAAAAACAGCUGUGUCUUAGCAUCAUAGCAAGGCGGGACGAAGAAGUAGCAGAAUCAGCAGCAUGGCAGAGUACGAGACUGACGAGGGGAAGGUGAAGGAGGUGUGCUCCAUCCUGAAGGCUGUCCUCACCUCCUUCGGCGGGGAGCUUCCCAUGCAGCAAAUUGAUGCUGAGUACAAGACUGUGGUGGGGAAAAGCAUUCCAUUCAGAGAGCUGAAGCAUGGCUCCCUUGCCAGCUUCCUACAAUCUAUUCCUGAUGUGUUGAAGCUAGAGAACAGAGCUGGGCGGCUGGUGGUGAAGGUGGUGAAUGAUCCCAACAUUAACAUGAUCCUGUGUCAAGUUCAGGGACAAGACAACAAAAGUAAUAAGAAGAAUAAAACAAUUCAGAAGAAAUGGAACCCAGGAUUUGGGGCACGUCAACUGCAUGGCACCCCUUCAAACCAGCAGUUCUACAGUGCUGGUGGGCAGACCAACGCCAACUGGUAUCCUACAACCUGGCAGCCCCCUAACACCACCAGAACUAAAUUUUCCUACAGCUAUAUGUCCGUCCCUCAGCAGGCCCAGCAGAUACCCUCGUUCUCGCACCAGCAACCUCGAUACCAAAGCAGCAACACCGCCACCCACAACCAAAAAGCUGCACAACCACAGCCACCACCUGCUAAAGCCCCUCCCCGUCCUGAGGGGCCCAAGGCCACAAAGCAGGUGUCCGAGAAAGCUCCUGCCAAGAAGACAUACAAGCAACAACUGACAGAAGCUGUGCAGGCGCUGGAGGCCUCACAGGGCAAGAUCAACCUUGUCUUCCAGACGCUGCCUUUUGGAAAGAAGAUGGGGUGGUGCACUGUGGUCACUAUUGGAGAAACACGAGCCAGCAGCUACCCUGAGAUGAAGAACACCCAGGCUGAGGCUGAGGAAGCUGCUUCCAAAAAAGCUCUUGAGAAGCUCCAAAGGAAAGAAGUGGCAGAGCUCCCCACCACCACUAACUAUGAUGUGUCUGUUCCUAGAGUAAAGCAGCUAAUGAAGGCGAAGUCCCCCAUCAAACGUUUCUGGUGGGAGCCACUGCGCGACAUGUACAGCGAGGUGUUCAAGGAGAGGCUCCCUGAGGACUGGCUCACAACUGCCAAGGACAAGAGCAAUACCGGCCUAGUGUUUGAUAACCUCUGUGUGGACAAAUGGACUGUUACAUUGAUGGAUGAGAGCCAGGCUGACAAGACGCCUAAGCCACAGACACCUAAGCCACAGACACCUAAGCCACAGACACCUAAGCCACAGACGCCUAAGCCACAGACGCCUAAGCCACAGACGCCGACGCCGCCAGCCCAGGAACAGCAGGAGUCACCACGCACACCCUCUCCCAGCCCAGAGCAGCAUAGAAAAAGCAAAGACAGCAGCUUGCCACCAACAGAAGAGAAGUUGAAGCUGCCACCACUCAACCCUCCCCCAACACCUACCUGGGAUGUGUUCAUUACCUGUGUUGAGGCCACCAACACUGUACAGCUGCUGCUAGUUGGGGACAAGUACAGUAGUAUGUACAGUGAGCUGCUGACAGAAAUGGAGCUGUACUACAUGGAGGAGAAGAACCAACGGCCCGUGAAGGAGCUGGAAGUGGGCGGGAUCUACGUCGCCAGCCACGAGGAGUCAUGGUUCAGGGUGGAGGUGCUGGAAAUCAGGGAAAAGGAAGCUAAGACAAAGUUUGUGGACCAUGGUGAUAUUGAAAUUGUCCCCCUGCCAAACCUGUUCCACCUUGAGAAGCAGUUCUACUCUCUCCCACCUCAGGCCUUGAGGUGCUGCCUGGCCGGGCUAGAGGAUGCACCAAAGGAAGCUGCCUUUCAGGCCUUGAUGGAAACCCUGCCCAUGGGCAAGAUUCUGGUGGCCCGUGUCCAGCGUCGGGAAGAGCCUUAUGCCAUUGUGCUCUUUGACACCUCUACCAGUGAGGACGUCAACCUCAAUGAGAAGGUGUUCGAGUCUGUUGCCAAGCACCUGGUGGAGCCCUCCCUGCCUCCUGUUGGAGGCUUGGCUGAGGUGUACCUAACACAUGCCUCGUCCAGUGGCAUCGUGUAUGUUCAAGUGGAGACGAAAACCUUCAAGGCACUGGAUGACCUCCUCAAGAUUGCCAAGAGACGCACUGAGGAGAUGCUGGGAGAGAAGGUGGAAGUGGACCUCACCAAACUGUACCUGGCACGCUUCAGCAAGGACGGGGAGUGGUACCGAGCAGCACCCAGGAGCAGCGUCGACCCUGACGGCACGGUCCUGAUGAACUUUGUGGAUUUUGGCAACUCAGAGAAAGUGCCACUCAACAACAUAAAGGGUUUGCAGAAAGUGAGUCCUCUGCUAGCAAAAGUUCCUCACCAGGCGUUGCCAUGCUGCCUGCACAAUGUUCCUGCUGACCCCGAGCUGAGGUGGACAGAGCGGGCCUGCCAGCGCCUCAUGGAUUUGGCGCCACUGGAUACUCCUCUGCUACUGAAGGUGGUGAGUGAAAGGACUACAAACCAGGCAGCUUCAGUGCAGCUCUUCAAGAGGCUGCUGCCUCAGAAUGAGUUGGUCUCCAUCAAUGACACUCUGGGCAUUGACAGCAACCUCUUUGGUAGUGAAGGAGACUCCAACAACAACAGUAUGGAGAAAGAGGUGGUUGUGUCUCAGUUCAGAUCACAAGAGUCUUCCAGCACCUCAGAUGCAAAUUCCCAGAGUCUUCCUUCGGAGCCCCGCCAAGUUGGACCCGACUCCUUUCCCCCAUGUUCACCCUUGUCCCUCAGUGAUAUUCCUGACGUUGGCUCCUACUUUGAUGUCUUUGUGACUUACGCUGCCAAUCCCAACAACUUUGCUGUGCAGCCAUGGAAGUUGGGAUACAAGUUUGAUGAUAUGUCUGAGAGCAUGCAAGAUUACUACAACGACCCAGCCAACCUGAAGCAUGUGGUGGCCAUCAAGGGUGGCCAGUACUGCGCUCUCAAGCAUAGUGAUGAUGUCUGGUACAGAGCCAAGGUGGAGAUAGUGAUGGAGGAUGCAGUUUCUGGUGUGUUUGUUGACUUUGGGGACCGCUUCUAUGCUAUGCUGGAUAAGGUGCAGCCCCUCACACCGGAGUUCUGCACUAUGCCCUGCCUUGCCCUCAAUGCAAAGUUACAUGGUAUUGAGGCAGCAAACAAAGACUGGAGCCCUGAAGAUGCGUGUCGAUUUAGAGAACUCGCGGGGAGCAAGAACUUGGUGUCCGUGAUCUUUGGCAAGGAGAUGAAGGAUGAUACCCUUUACCUUUCACUGGUGCUGAUUGACACCUCUGAGAAAAUUGUUGAUAUAUUCAUCAACCAAGUCCUCGUUGAUGAGCGCCGAGCUACCUGUCAGGAAGCAUAAGAAGUCAGUCGUACUGGACCUCUUCCACACCUUUGAAAUUUAGUUUAUCAUUUCGGUGGUGCUAGCCAACUAACUCUCUGGGCUUUGUGUGAUAAUUCUCCUUAAGCUCAGUAGAAGAAAUAGGAUUAUUGUAGGAGGAAAGCAAAAAUUAUGGAUGAAAUUAUUUUUGUAAGCAAUUAUUAGGAAGUGCAGCUUUCAUUUGUGUUCACGUAGUAACUCGCUACUUUCAAUAAUGAGAAUUGAUGCAAUAGAAUAUACACCACUUACACUUAAAAGAACUGAUGCAAUGGAAUAUAUACUACUUACAAUGAAAAGAAUUUAUGCAAUAUAUUAUAUCGUACUAAAGGACUAUAUGAACAUUUAGUUUGUUUUAAGUAAGUAAAGUGAAUAACCUGAUCAACAUGUAGCUUACGGAAUCUCAAGUGGCCGUUAGGUUAAUUUCUAAUGCAUAAAAUUCACAUUCACUUUACUUGUUCCCCACACGGUGUGCGUAUAAUGAAGGGAAAGCAGCUUAGUGUUGGUGGUGGAAUUGGGAGGACGUUGGAGCAGUAUGCAUCACUCCAAUAAUUCUGGACAUGUAGAGUUUGGGUUUGCUCAAUUUCUCUUACAAUAUUUAAAUGAUCAGUGCUUUGUGGUUUACCUCGAUCAGUGCUUUGUGGUUUACCUCAUGCAGUAAAAUUUUCAUGAAAUAUUUUUCCUGUUCUGAAUAUAGCAGUUUUUUCCUCAGUCCCACCACCAGACUAUAUAGUGUUAAUCUACACCACCAAUACCCCAAUCCAGCCAUUGUUCAAGUGGCAUUAACAGAGCAGCUCCCACCUUAGACCUUAAUGUUUUUACUCUUCAGUGAUAUUAGUUGUUCCUUGAGCACAUUGACCCUGGCAGGACUGACUCCCACACCUGCUGCAAUCAGGCGUGGACCAGUGAGUCUGUGUCCUGAGGUGUGUCGUGCUGCAGUGCCAAUUCCAGAGUGGGCUGCCCGCUGCGUCUGACACUACUUGAGCUUCAUGAGCUGGAAAGCCAUAACAGAAAUGUUUAAGCAAUACUUUAAUGAAAUAAAUAUAUAUAUAUAUAUAUAUAUAUAUAUAUAUAUAUAUAUAUAUAUAUAUA